AUGGGUCUCGCGGAGAAUGUGUUGUCACUGUUGACAGUGACUAACAUCAUUGUUUCUCUUUUAGUCUACAUUACCUACAAGAUUGUUUAUCAAAUUGUUUACUAUCGCCUUUUUCACCCUCUUGCUGCCUUCCCUGGUCCCUUUUGGGCGUCUGUCACUCGUCUUUGGAUUACUUCACAGAACUUGAAAGAGACUGAGUACUUGACAUGCUAUGAACUUUAUAAGAAAUAUGGACCCGUUGUUCGUAUUACCCCCACUCUGCUGCUGGUCAGCGACCACUCCAAGCUCCCAGAGGUCUACCACCGCAAUGCCGAUAAAACAGGCCAUUACAUUACGGGAAGUUUUGGUGAAACAGAGAGUCUGUUUAACAUGAGAUCACACAAGACUCAUGCUGUAUUCAGAAAACAUGUUGCGGGGCCUUAUAGCUUCACGAAUAUCAAGAAAAUGGAGCCAUUGAUUGAUGCUCGUAUCACAGAGUGGAGUACUAAGCUUGAUGAAACAUUCGUAAAGUCUGGCAAAGCAUUUGAUUUCUCCUGGUGGGCAGUGUAUAUGGCCUACGACAUUAUCAGUGAAAUUGGCUUUGGUGCUCCUUUCGGGUUCAUUGAAAAGGGCGAAGACAUUGGUGGUCUUAUCCAAGGCUUUCACGACGGCCUUCCAGCCUUUGGUCUCCUUGCCCGUCUGCACCCGUUCACAUCAUGGGUAAAGACUACCUUCCUGAAAAAGUACCUCGUCGCAAAACCAGAAGAUGACUCAGGUAUUGGUGUUCUCAUGCGUUUCCGUGAUCGUCUUAUCAGCGAGCGUCUCGAAGAUAUCAAAUCCGACAAGAAGAUCGAACGCGUCGACCUCCUCCAGAUGCUUCUGGAAGCUCGCACAGACGAAGGUAAACCCCUAGACCUGGAGUAUAUCCGUGCAGAAGUACUCCUUGUUCUUUUAGCUGGAGCAGAUACAACUGGCACAGCCUUCCAAGCGAUGAUCCAGUUUCUAUUAGAAAAUCCCAAGGCCUAUGAGCGAAUGAUGGAAGAAAUUGACGAGGCUACUCGUAAGGGUCUGAUUUCCGAGAUGCCGCAAUAUGAUGAGGUUCUUGAACAUUUACCCUUUUAUGUGGGUUGUGUGAAGGAGACCAUGCGUCUUUGCCCAUCCGCACCGAAUAUCUUUCCUCGAUAUGUCCCUGAGCCGGGUUUAGAGCUCUAUGGGAAUUUUGCACCCGCUGGUACGGAGAUCACUAGCAACCCCUACAUUGUGCAUCGGGAUCCGGCACUGUAUGGUGAUGAUGCGGAAUUGUUUCGUCCGGAGCGGUGGUUGAAUGUUGAGAGGGCGAAGCUUUAUAAUAAGUAUAAUAUGGCUUUUGGAUAUGGGUCUCGUGUCUGUCUGGGAAGGGAUAUUGCAAUGAUGGAGCUUUUCAAGGGUCCCUUGCGGUUCUUUCGUCGCUACAAGCCAGUGUCUUUUAAGGAUAAGCCAGAAGCCAAAUUUGUGGUCAAGGGUGGUGUUGGGUACUGGAGGGACCUAUGGUUGACGAUCUCGAAGCGGCCACAAGAGGCGCAGUGA